CUUAAUUCUGAGCCGAUUUUCCCGACGCGCGGUCGCAUUUUUUUCGGUCGCUUCGUGUGCGCGUGCGCCUUAUGAAAAUUUUUUGAUAUAAAGAUCAACCGAAAAGCUGGAAAGUGUAGCGUUGAAAAGUUUUCUUUUCUUGUUGUCGAGAGCGCCGAAACUGCGCAUGCGUGAACCGCAAGCAGCCAGAUGAAAACAAAAGUGAAAUCCUUGGUGAACUAGUGGCAGGACCGAACGCCCGUACGCCCGAAAGCGAAAGUGCAGCUACCCCGUAUCGAAAGUGAAAGUCCCCAUCCCAGAGUCGAUCAUGUCUUUGCCCAGGCACUCAAAGGAUACCUGGCUGAGGCUGCUGAUUGGCCUGGCUGCCCUCCAUUUGGCUCAAGGACUGGGCUAUCCCAGUGCCCAGCAGGAGCACGAUAUGCUAAUCCUGGAUGCUCUUUCCCGCCGAAGUGGAACCGGAUAUUAUGGCGAGAACAGCGUGAUGGAAAUGCUAUCCCGAAUGAUACCGCAAUCGUGCCGCUUUCGUGGCCACAAAUUCGAGUGCGGCCUGUCCAUUUCAUGUGUCUUGGGCGGCGGCAAGCCCCUGGAUCUUUGCUCCGGCGGCAUGAUCUGGUCGUGUUGCGUGGACAAAGAUCUGGAUGCCGAGGAGAGUCCACACGCUGCUCCAGUCAACAACACGAGUGACAUAAUACACUUGCAUGACAUAUACCCCGAUCUGUCGCCGAAUGCGAACAAGCCGCAUCCACAGCAGCAGCACCACCAGCACCACAACGGCCUGUCAGCGGCCUCGUCCACUACCUCCUCCUCCACCCGACCAGCCUAUCCCGGUAACUACUACAGCACCAAGCGCCCCACCUUGUACAGUGGCGGUAAUCCUUACAAGCCGGGUGGUAAUGGCGGGUCUAGCGGAUCCGGAUCUGGUCACAGGCCCUCGCCGUCAUCUAGCCUGAACAGCUGGGAGCAUGAAACUGGCGGUCACACCAUCAACGGGAUCACCAACCACCUGGAUAGCUUCUUCGACGCAGAGGCCCCGCCGGGAGACGUCCCACCGCCGCCCCACGAGCCCCUGCCCAAUGCCCAGGCCUUUGCGGUGGGCAAUGUCUUGGACCUAAACGCGGGAGAGGCGGCGGAUGAAUACCAAAGCGGUGGCAGUGGAGGCUACCACGAUGCCACCUAUCGUCCAGUGCCGGGUUGUGGCGAGGUCUUCACCCGCUCUAAUCGAAUCGUGGGCGGCCACUCCACAGGAUUUGGAUCUCAUCCCUGGCAGGUGGCUUUGAUCAAGAGCGGUUUCCUGACGAGAAAACUCAGUUGCGGUGGUGCUCUGAUCUCCAAUCGAUGGGUGGUUACCGCCGCCCAUUGCGUGGCAACAACCACCAACUCGAACAUGAAAAUCCGCCUUGGGGAAUGGGAUGUCCGUGGCCAGGAGGAGCGACUGAACCACGAGGAGUACGGCAUAGAGCGAAAGGAAGUGCACCCGCACUACAAUCCUGCCGAUUUCAAGAACGAUGUAGCCCUGAUCCGACUGGAUCGCAACGUUGUUUACAAACAGCACAUCAUCCCGGUCUGCCUGCCACCUCCGUCCACCAAGCUCACGGGGAAAAUGGCCACAGUGGCGGGUUGGGGCCGAACGCGUCAUGGCCAGAGCACUGUGCCCUCUGUGCUGCAGGAGGUAGACGUGGAGGUCAUAUCCAAUGACCGCUGCCAACGAUGGUUCCGGGCGGCAGGACGCCGUGAAGCCAUUCACGAUGUCUUCCUUUGCGCCGGUUACAAGGAGGGCGGAAGAGAUUCCUGCCAGGGCGACAGCGGCGGGCCGCUUACCCUGACCAUGGACGGUCGGAAGACCCUCAUUGGUCUGGUGUCCUGGGGCAUCGGCUGCGGACGGGAGCACUUGCCCGGUGUUUACACGAAUAUACAGCGCUUCGUGCCCUGGAUCAACAAGGUCAUGGCCAAUGACAACAAUGCGUAGUCGAGGCCAUAGCAGUUACGCUGACCAUUGACCCACUGACCCAUGAACCCUAAACCGGAAGACUGCAGUCACCGCUCGAGAAGUUCUGCAGUUGUGUGCGUCCGCUGCCGAGAUGCAUCCCGUCAGCCAGGCCAUGUGAUUCCUCUACGACUCGGGGUUGCUAGUGUGUAAGACCCAAGGUCCUUGUGGCCCUGUAUUUAUUUUACCUUUAUACCACCACUCCAAAGGGGAUCCCAGAACCGACUUUGACCCGAUCCUGUCGCCUUCAUUCGUUUCUCAUUGCAUAACUAGGAUUUUGGUUUAAGUUUUUGAUAUUUAUUGUAUUUCGUGACGAAAGAUUCCUACAUUCGAUAGAUUCCAUUCACACACUUAUUUAUAAUUACAA